CAGGAAUGGCUUCAAACAUGUGGUCAGAGGAGCACUUGAUCUGUCCAGUGUGUCUGGAUAUAUUGAAGGACCCAGUCACUACAGCCUGUGGACACAGUUACUGUAUGAGGUGUAUUAAGAACUGCUGGGAUCAGACUGAUCAUACAGGUAUCUACAGCUGUCCCCAGUGCAGAAAGACCUUUACCCCAAGGCCUGAUCUGGGCAGAAACACAAUUUUAGCUGAAGUUGUGGAGAAAUUAAAGAAGACAGGACUAAGUCCUCCACCUGCUCAAAGUUAUGCUGGACCUGAAGAUGUGCCAUGUGAUUUCUGCACUGGGAGAAAGUUCAAAGCUGUGAAAUCCUGUUUGACGUGCCUGGCCUCUUACUGUGAAACACACGUCAAACCACACAGUGAGGUUACUCCAUUAAAGAGGCACAAGCUGGUCAAUGCAAUUGGAGAUCUGGAGCAGAAGCUUUGUGCUAAACACCAGAAGGUUUUGGAUAUCUUCUGUAGAACUGAUCAGACGUGUGUUUGUGCGUUAUGUAUUGUCAAGGAACACAAGAGCCACGAUACAGUCUCAGCUCAGACACAAAGGAGUGUGAAACAGAAGCAGCUGAGAGCGACACAGACAGAAAUACAACAGAGAAUCCAGGAAAGACUGAAAGAAGUGGAGGAGCUGAAACAGGCUGUGGCGUCACUGAAAAGAUCUGCAUGCAUAGAAAUAAAGGAAAGUGAGAAGAUCUUUACUGAGUUGAUCCGAUCCAUUGAGAAGAUCCACACUGAGGUUAUUGAGCUGAUUGGAGCUAACGAGAAGGCUGCAGUGAAUCAGGCUGAAGGACGCAUGAAGAAACUGGAGCAGGAGAUUGCUGAGCUAAGGAGGAGAAACGCUGAGCUGAAACAGCUUUCAGAGACACAGGAUCACAUCCAUUUUCUACAGAAUUUCCAGUCUCUCUGUGCCCCUCCUGAAGCUGGAGACUUACCCAGCAUUACUGUCAACACAGACAUCUCUUUUGGGGCUGUGAGGAAAGCUGUAUCUGAACUUAAAGACCAUAUUGAGGACUUCUGCAAGGGGGAAUUAGUCAAAAUAACCACAACAGUGAAUGAAACAGCAGUUUAUACCCUGGGGUCUAGGAGAAGUGACAGACGUUUCAAAGUGAAUGAAGUUGCAGUUUACAGUCUGCAGGCUCCAGAGCCAAGGAACAGAGCUGAGUUUUUAAAAUAUUCCUAUCAGCUCACACUGGACCCCAAUACAGCGAAUAUAAACCUCUGUCUGUCUGAAGGGAACAGAAAAGUGACAUACACUAGAGACAUCCAGAUAUAUCCUCAUCACCCAGAUAGAUUUGAGAGCUAUUCCCAAGUCCUUUGCAGAGAGGGUUUGUCUGGGACUCAUUGUUACAUGGAGAUUGAGUGGAGUGGUGGAUGGGCUGAUAUAGGAGUCACAUAUAAAGGAAUCAGCAGGAAAGGAGGGGAUCGAUCCUGUGGCCUUGGAUACAAUGACAAGUCCUGGAGUUUGUUCUGCUCUGGUUACAGUUACACUGCCAGGCACAAUAACAAUGAAACUGAAAUAACUGCCCCCCGCUCCCCCAGAAUAGGAGUGUAUCUGGACUUUAAUGCCGGCACACUGUCCUUUUCUGGCGUCUCUGACACAAUGACCCUCCUGCACAGAUUCCAAACCACAUUCACUGAGCCGCUCUAUCCUGGGUUUAGACCUGGUUAUGAUUCCACUGUAACAAUCUGUCAGCUGAACUAGACUGUUUUGUGUUGUAAGAAACCCUUUAUAUUGAACUCCCUGCCUGUCCUCUCCACUCCUCGGGUGAAGGGAAUGUUCAAUCUGACACAACCUUGGAUGAAAGUUAGGGGGUAAAAUGGCGCUACCUGCAGAGCGAAUUAUUUGUUUUUACACUUGGGGCCGAGGCAGCCUCAUUUUUACAGUUUAAUCUGUCAGGUUAGUGUUUUUGUAAUUGUAAACACUCACAACUGGACAGCUGUUUCAGCAUAAAAUGUUCAAUAUGUCCUGCGUAUUUACUGAUUACAAAUACAUAAACAGCACCAAGUGGCAGACUUAGUUGGCAUCUCUGCACAGUGCUAGAAUUCCACAGCAUGUACUGAUAAGUAUCUCUUAAGGUGAUUGUAGCUCACUAAAUAAUUCCACAGUGUGUUCCUAUAUUGCACUUCCAUUGGCUCCAUAUGACUCAAAUGUUCAGCUUUGAAAAGCAUGAGAUCUGGUGUUACUUGAGGUUAAAUAAAGUUCUCAGUUUCUAUGCCUUAUUCUCAGGGUGCAUGUUUACUAUAGCAGGUGUUUCUUUCAACACAAAGGAUCCUUCAGGCGGUCCAGAAGCAUUUAAACUAGAAAGGAAGGGGGGAGAAAACAAAAAAACAGAAGGGAGACCACAUCAAAACAAGGGCAACA